UCACCAGCGGCUUUCCCUUCCUCCGACAACGCUGUUUUCUCGCCUACAAUCGAGAGACAUUGCGUAGGUUUUGUCUUAAAAGUCAAAGACAGAUAAAAAUGGCAUUAAGGGUUUCAAGGAAAAUAUAUAGAGAAAUUUUGAACAAAAGGGUAUUCUCAACUCCUCUUUUAACAGCCAGACAUUGCUCUUCUUCUGCACAAACUGCUCCAAACAUCCCUCACUCUGCUAAGAAAGGAAGGUUAUUGACAGGAGCCACAAUUGGCUUAGUUAUAGCUGGAGGAGCUUAUGUGAGUACUGUGGAUGACGCAACUUUUUGUGGUUGGCUAUUCUCAGCAACAAAACUUCUAAAUCCUUUUUUUGCCCUUCUAGACCCGGAGGUUGCUCACAGACUAGCUGUCUCAGCAGCAGCUCAUGGUUGGAUUCCAAGGGAGAAGAGGCCUGAUCCAUCAAAUAUAGGGCUAGAAGUUUGGGGAAGGAAGUUCUCCAACCCCAUAGGUCUUGCUGCUGGCUUUGAUAAGAACGCCGAGGCUGUUGAUGGGUUGCUGGGUUUAGGCUUUGGCUUUGUAGAGGUUGGCUCUGUAACCCCUGUUCCGCAAGAGGGUAAUCCAAAGCCUCGUAUCUUUAGAUUGCCGGAAGGUGCUAUCAUCAAUCGGUGUGGCUUCAAUGGUGAAGGAAUUGUUGCUGUUGCAAAGCGGUUGGAUGCCCAGCAUGCUAAGAGGAAGUUGGUUGAAACUUCAAGAAAUUCAUCUUCCUCCACUGAUGAAGCAAAACAUAGAGGCAAAGCUGGACCUGGCAUUCUUGGGGUCAAUCUUGGAAAGAAUAAGACAAGUGAAGAUGCUGCUGCAGAUUAUGUACAAGGGGUUCAUACAUUGUCCCAGUAUGCUGAUUACUUGGUGAUUAAUGUUUCUUCACCAAAUACCCCAGGAUUGCGUAUGCUUCAGGGAAGAAAGCAAUUGGAGGACCUUGUGAAGAAGGUUCAAGCUGCUCGUGAUGAAAUGCAAUGGGGAAAGGAGGGCCCACCCCCUUUGCUUGUGAAAAUCGCUCCAGACCUGUCUAAAGAAGACCUUGAAGAUAUUGCGGCAGUUGCCCUUGCUCUUUGCUUGGAUGGAUUGAUAAUAUCAAAUACAACUGUUUCAAGACCAGAUUCUGUAAGUAAAAACCCAGUGGCUAGGGAAGUUGGUGGCUUAAGUGGGAAGCCUCUCUUUAAUCUCUCUACCAACAUAUUGAAGGAAAUGUACGUUCUAACAAAGGGAAAGAUCCCUUUAAUAGGGUGUGGGGGUGUUAGCAGUGGUGGGGAUGCAUACCAAAAAAUUCGAGCUGGUGCAACUCUUGUUCAGCUUUAUACAGCAUUUGGUUAUGGGGGACCAGCUCUUAUUCCUCAGAUCAAGGCUGAACUGGCCGAAUGCUUAGAAAGGGAUGGUUUUAAGUCUAUCACUGAAGCAGUUGGUGUAGAUUGCAGAUAACCAUACAAUUCUCAAGGGCCACAACUAUGAACGUAUUCUGGAGUUGAAUUCAUGUUAUUUACAGAGCAUUAUUCUGACAUUAAAUGGUUGGUUAUCCUUUUUCAUUUUUCCUCUCCUUCAAGGGGGGUGGGGGUUAUUGGCUUGUAUGAUGUGAGAAGUUUUGAAGUGACUUCUUAGGCAUCUUUCCGAAGUUGUGUUUCUUUAUCCAGUAGUCCCACCUCCACCCCCCCCCACAAAUAAAAGUCACCGCCAUGAAAAUCAAGCAAAAUGUAACAAACCUGUCAUGUUAUUCAGGGGGCAUGCGGUGUCCUGUCAUACAUGUUAUAUCACAGCAAAUUGUUGCAGAUAAUAUUAAUUUGCUUCCUUCUUC